UGAGCGCAGUGGUGGUGGUCGAAGGGAUUUUGGAUACUACUACGUUCUGAGUCAGUGGCAUACCAUGUGCGCGAAGAUGAGCGUCCUGCAAGGUCGUCACAUAGGAAUUAUGACCCUUACGAGCAGCCCGUGUGAGCUAGACAACAUGAGCUUGUUUCAAGACCUCAAGUUGAAAAGGAGAAAGGUCGACUCCCGAUGUAGUAGUGACGACUCCCCGGUAUCCCUCGGAUCAGCAGGCUCGCCGCUCGGGAUCCAGCCGGCGGACGCUCCUUCACCCAUAAACUUUCCUGCUCCAGGGGAGAGCAUGGCGGACACCUCGACCCUGUCCCCGGAGGCUACCAUGCCGGGCUCGCCGGGCUGCCCUGUGGUCAAAGUCAAAAGCGAGUACCUGCUAGGAGUCCCGAGUCCAGGGACGCCCAGGGACCCUCUGCGAGGAAGUGGCACGGGAGCGAACAUGGAGGCUCGCGACACAGCUUGCUCGGAGCGUGCGUCUCCCGAUUCGGUCUUCUCGGACGCCACAUCGCUGGUGAGCUUCAGAGUCGUCGAAGAACAACAGCAGCAACAACAACAACAACAGCAACAACAGCAACAACAACAUCACCAACAGCAGCAGCAGCAGCAACAGCAGCAGCAACAACAACAGCAACAACAACAACAACAACAACAACAACAUCAACAGCAGCAACGUUCGAGUACACCGGCACCGACCAGAUCGUCGCCUUACUCGCCGAUCCAGGCGGUGUCCACGACUCCCAUGCCCCAGGAAGCAACCUCCAGGAGCGACAGCCCCGACAAAGGCGACUUGUCCUCCGCCCAAACCAAGGAGGAGUCCGAUAACUCGGUUUUCGACGGAGGAGGUGGCAGCAGCGGGGGUGGCGGCCGGUCCGAGAGCUCCAGUCAACCCAGCCACAGGAGCAGCCCGUCUCCUCAAUACAAUUCCAACCAGAACAUGAGCCCCAGCGGUAGCACCACGCACAGCGUUCAACAACAACAGCCGCAGACACCGCCCACGCCGCCCAGACCUAGAGCGCCGUCGGUGCCCCCUCAUCUUCUGGCGCAUCAUCAGUUCUGGUCGCAAAACGCCGGUAUGCAGGGAUUCGCCACGCAGAAGCUGAUCAACGGGGUCAUCAGCAGCGCGGUCAACUACGGACAGAACGUGUCGGUCGUGUCUACCAGCAGCAGCACCAGCCUGAGCAGUAGUCCAGGAAGCGGCGGUAACGGAGCCAACUCGGCGAGCUCCGGCCCGACUACGACGACGUCCUCCUACGAAACGAUGAAACCUCCGGCGCAGAGGCCAGCGCCGGCACCUCCUAGACCACCUCCCACGGUGAUCAUGGGAGAGAUCGGCGGUGUCAGGACGAUGAUUUGGUCCGCGCCGCCAUUGGACCCCGUGCCACCGCCAGCGGCGUCGUGGACGACCACCGCUGCGGCGGCCUCCUGUUCCUCGUCGGAGGAAUCGGCUGCCCAGCUCCUCCUGAACCUCGGCCAGGAGUCCAGAGGCAAACCGUCCUCCGUUUCCUACCUGUCCGGUCCUCCUCUCAACAUGGAGAAACUUUGGGCCGGCGACCUGACGCAACUGCCUGCUGCGCAGCAGAUGCAGGCGCUGAACUUGACGGCGUCCGGGUCCAGUCAAACGUGGGUGAGGAACGGCGGGGUCAAGUCGGAAACGACGUCGCAGUCGAUGUCGAUAGCGCCUCCCGCGCCACCGAUGCCGCCUCAGGAACACGAGGAGGACGAAACGCCCAUGAUCUGCAUGAUCUGCGAGGACAAGGCCACCGGUUUGCACUACGGUAUCAUCACGUGCGAGGGGUGUAAAGGAUUCUUUAAGAGAACUGUACAAAACAGGCGGGUGUACACGUGCGUGGCGGAAGGUGGCUGCGAGAUCACGAAAGCCCAGAGGAACAGGUGUCAGUACUGUCGCUUCAAAAAGUGCAUCGAACAGGGUAUGGUCCUUCAGGCCGUUCGAGAAGAUCGAAUGCCUGGUGGAAGGAAUUCUGGUGCUGUGUAUAACCUUUACAAGGUGAAGUACAAAAAGCACAAGAAAAGUAACAAAACGAGCGGCGUGGGCGGCAGCAUGGGUGGCAUGGGUGGCGGCGGUAACGUUGGCGGUGUGAACGGGUCGGGAUCCCUAGGUGGAAGCAAAGGCACCAUGGGCUCGACGAUGCUGGACAAACACAUGGCCGCGGCUGCGGCAGCGCACCAUAGCCAACAGCAGCACGCUCAACUGGCUGGUGGUUUCCUUCAUCAUCACAAAAUUUCGUCGGGCGACCCGCUCAACUCACAACCUACCCCCAGUCAUCCGAGUCACCCCGCCCAUUCGGGUCACCUCGUCAACGGGACGAUCCUGAAGACGGCGCUCACCAACCCCUCCGAAGUGGUUCAUUUAAGGCAGAGGCUAGACAACGCAGUGAGUAGUUCGAGGGAUCGAGCUUUCCCAUUGGACGCGACCCUCGCCAUGAUCCAAACCCUUAUAGACUGCGACGAGUUCCAAGAUAUCGCCACGUUGAGGAACUUGGACGAGCUGCUGGACCAUAAAUCAGACUUAAGUGAGAAGCUGUGUCAGAUAGGAGACAGCAUAGUGUACAAGUUGGUGCAGUGGACCAAAAGGUUACCCUUUUACCUUGAGUUGCCGGUCGAAGUUCACACGAGGUUGCUCACCCACAAGUGGCACGAACUCCUGGUGCUGACCACGUCCGCUUACCAAGCGAUGCAUGGUCAGCAUAAGUUUACCAAUGUCGGUACCGACGGAACGGGAGCGGAUUUUAUGCAAGAAGUUUCGAACAACAUGUAUACGUUGCAAACGUGCCUAACCAGCAUGAUGGGCCGGCCGAUAACCAUGGACCAAUUGCGGCAGGACGUAGGGCUCAUGGUGGAAAAAAUCACGUACGUCACGUUAAUGUUCAGGAGGGUGAGGCUACGGAUGGAGGAGUAUGUCUGUCUGAAAGUAAUCACCAUGCUCUCGCAAGCACGUGGAGGUACAAUGGAAUUAGAACAAAUACAAGAACGGUACAUGAGCUGUCUGCGAAGUUUCGUCGAGCACAGCGCGCCUCAACAGCCGAGUCGAUUUCACGAUCUUCUCGUCAGGUUGCCGGAAGUACAAUCAGCGGCGGCUCUUCUACUCGAGAGUAAAAUGUUCUACGUUCCUUUCCUAUUGAACUCAGCAAUUCAAAGAUAGUAAAUAAAAAACCAACUGACGAGAAACGAAGCUGAAUACCUAUAUACAUACUAUACAUAUAAAUAUAUAAAUAUAUACAUAUAUAUAUAUAUAUGUAUAAAUAGAAAAAGGAUAUAUAUGUGUAUGAAUAUAUAUGCGAGGAAAAGAAAAGUAAUAGAACCAAACGAACAAGGAAAAGCAAACAGAGAUAGUAAAGGCUCGUCCGACAAAAUGGGGAAAGGCUUUGUUUGCGUAUGUAUGAUAACUAUAUAAAGGUAUAUAUGUAUAUAUAUAUAUAUAUAUACACACACACAUAUGAAUAAUAUAAAUCUGUGUGUUCGUUGCGUUGUACAAACGAGUUAAGGGAAAGGAACGGAGAACCGUGAAAGAAGCGUGAUAAAAAUAAAGAUAAAAAUAGAAGAAACACACGGGAGAACGAAAGAAAAUGCUGGAGACCUGGAGCAACAACCAAGGAGAGAGAAAGAGGAACGAUAUCGUGAACAAAGGUGAACAAAAAAGAAAAACGAGAGCACGAGGAAGAGAGGAAAGAAUGCUUUAAAUAAGGAAAGAAGGGAAAAAAAAUUGAAGAAAAAAUAUUAAAAGUUCGCGAGAGCGAGAGCGAAAGAGAGGGAGAGCGAGAGAGUGAGAAAGCGUGAAAAAUACAUAGAGAGAGAGAGAGAGAAAGCGCGCCACCUCGAGAGACCGAGAAACGUGUCUCAAUCGAGGAGGGAACUGAACUUUUUUAUCGAAACUAAAAGACUAUAAUAAUAUAUUUCUGUACGCAGUACCGCGCAACUACGUCAUUGUGUGUUCACGUUGCAUAAUCCGAUCGAUAAUAAGACUCUCGUUACGUACGCUCACUUGUAGGCCAUCUACUACCACCUACUACUACUACUACUACUACUACUACUACUACUACUACU